CCUUCCCCAACCUUAAAUCCUUCCAUUAAGCUAAGCCUCGUAACAUCACUCUUCCUUCAAUUCUUUUACAAGUGAAUGACUUCCUCAUAAAUCCUGUAGCUCUAGCUAGCUUCCAAUUAAUAAAUCAACGUUUCAUCCUACGCAGCAACUGCUUCUUCUGCAUUUCUCAUGCGUUAUGACAUUUCAGCUAAACUAUAUAUAUUCUUAUUCCCUUUAAAUGAUAAUUCCUCCAUUAUUUCUCCGAUGAAGCGGCCGUGGUAUUUGAGCGUUUUCUUUUGGCUGAUUCUAUUAUCAGAGAUGGGGUUUGCGAAGAAGAGGAGUUACAUAUCGUGGGACGAUUUGGAAGUUGAAAGCGAGAAACUUCACGGCCGAAAUGCAGGCAAGAAGGGCGUCAUCAUCGUCGAUAAAAAUGGAAAAGGAGACUGUUUGACAGUUCAAGCUGCAGUUGAUAUGGUGCCUCAUCACAAUCUGGAGAGAAUCAAAAUACAUAUUCUUCCUGGACUCUAUAGUGAAAAGGUUCAUGUUCCUGCAACGAAGCCAUAUAUUUCCUUCAUCGGAGACCCCGAAAAGGCAGACGCAACCGUCAUCGCAUGGCACGACAAAGCUUCGAGCGUGGAUGAGAAUGGCGCUGAGAUUGGAACGUUUGGAUCAGCCUCUGUCACAGUAGAAUCAGACUACUUUUGCGCUGCAGGGAUCACUUUUCAGAACACGGUGCAGUUUCAUGCCGGAGCUCGAGGAAAUCAAGCUGUCGCUUUCAGAAUAUCCGGUGACCACUCUGUGUUGUACAAAUCCAGAUUUAUAGGCUCACAGGAUACCCUCUUGGAUGAAACUGGAACACACUUUUUCUUCAAGUGUAUGGUUCAAGGAUCAAUCGAUUUCAUAUUCGGCAAUGCAAGAUCACUCUAUAAGGAAUGCAGCCUCUCUGUGGUGGGGCAAUCAUUUGCCAUAGCUGCCCAGCGUAGACAAUCCGGCAACGACGAUGGAGUUUUUUCCUUUGUGAACUGCACAGUACAUGGAGCUGGAGCUGUCUUCUUGGGCAGAGCCUGGGGAGAAUAUUCAAGAAUAAUAUAUGCAUAUAGUGAGCUCGACAUAGACGUAAAACCACAGGGAUGGGACGACUGGGGAAAGCCAUCGAGACAAAAGACUGUGUUGUUCGGAGAAUACAUGUGUCGAGGCAAGGGAGCUGAUAGAAGUGGAAGAGUAGCAUGGUCCAAAGCCCUUACUCGCCAAGAAGCACAGCCUUAUCUUGAUUCAACAUUCAUCGCUGCCAAACAGUGGCUAAGAUUGUAGCAUAACUAGGCACAAUUUAGAAUAUCAGAUGUACUAAAACUUUCAACCCUCAGCUAUGGCAGGAAUUUGACAUUGGUAUAACGAGAUAAUGAAGUUUUCUUUUUCUCCAAACAAUUUGCUAUCAAUACUUCAUUCAGCAACUUCCAUCACCGGCGGUUUGGUCAAAAACACACAAGAAACAGUCCAAGUUGGAAUCGACAAUUGAGCCAAAAUUUUCAUAAUGUAGUAAAAUUACAUGUAAAAGUAAUCAGGGAACAUCUAUACCUGCAAAAUGAUCAGACUCCUACACUAUCAGACAAAUACACUCAGUAUACUACUUCACCAAAUAAACGCAAAUCUUGAGAGCAAAAUUAUGGUCUUUAUAUUUUUCUCAAUAACUCGAACCUUACGCGAAACCAAUCAAUCAUCAACCUCGGCCCUGAUUUCUUUGACAAGCUCAUCCUUGUAAUCUUCAAAUGUAUCAGGGAAAGCCUCAACAGUUCCGUUUUCCACCACCCAUAUCUGGCUCCUUUCUUCGUCCUGACACACACGUGAUAUAAGCCUUGAGUCGUGGCUGACGAGAACAACACCUCCAGUGAACUCAUCAAGCGCAUCUGCCAAUGCAUCAAUACUUUGCAUAUCUAAAUGAUUAGUCGGCUCAUCCAGCA